UUUUUUGAAUAUGACGAAACGCGGAAAUCAAUACAGGCGCGCGCAAUUUUCAUUGGACGUUGAAUUUGACAAUAUUAGCUUACGUCACUUGCAUGUCCGGUACCCCGUUGUCGAGGCGGUCGAUCGAAUAAACAAAAAAGUGAUACCUACGUAAACAACAGUAAACAAAACGAAAUUCAUCAUUGAUUCAUUCAGGAAAAUGUCUAAAGUGACCAAUGUGAAUUCUAGUUUAGCAUAUGAGAUAUUAUUAUAUCUAAACAGUUUUUAUCUGGGGAUGUUUUUCGUGUGUGAAGUGGCAAUGGGAAUAUUAAAAGCUAUCAAUGUUUCUUAUCCGGAAAAUGCUUUGAUAACAGAAGCCGGUAUAUUUAGUGCUUUGUGUCUCGUUGAAGUUAUACGCAUAUUCUUGGGACGAAGAGGAAAUUUAGCCAGUAAGAAAGUGCCAGUAUUUUUCUCAGUAGUGUUGACAAUACCUUCUGCUGUAGGUGUAUGCUACUUCCUGAUCUACCAAACAUACAUACUGCGCUUGGAGUAUAUUUGGUGCGCUGUAAUGUUGAUGUUCCAUGCUCUAGAGCUCGCUUUUGCCAUCUUGUUCAUUGUUACAGUAUGCAAACAUCAACAAUAUGAAUAGAAUUUAAUUACGACCAUGCCAAAAAGAUUUUGAUGCCAAAAUGUGAUGACUG